CCCAACUAAACAAACGGUGAGGAAGGGAGGCGACAAAGGAGUUCAUCAAGCAUCCACAGAAAUGGCAGGCUCGAAGAUUGCCUGUAUUGGUGUCAUUGGAAAAGAUGACAAUCCCCUUCAUAUCUCCUUAUUCCCUCCCUAUUUGGAAUCUACUAUUGAAUUCUCUUUUCUUCUAAACUCCUGCCUUGACGUAUUUGAAAUACGCCAGAAGCAAACUUCUGUCGACCAGGACUUGGGUCUAUUACAUGCCGUCGAUGAAAGACUAGCAGCCUAUGGCUGGUUAACAACCACGGGGGUGAAAUUCAUUAUCAUUGUGGAUUUUCUUGGGCAACCAGUACCUUCAAAAAUGGAAGGACCAAGGAGUGCAAUGGUUGCUACUUUAAGAGAUUCAGAUCUAAAACCAGUGUUUCGGGCAUUACAAACUGCCUAUAUCCAACUCUUACAGAAUCCCUUUUAUCUCCCAGAUGAUUAUAUUCCUGCUGCGAAGACGAUGCUGCCACUCUCCCCAUAUCUACAGAUCACAAACCGAAAGUUCAUUGCAGAUAUCAGGAGAAUUGGUGAAUCUUGGAAUGCAGGCGUGAUGAUGUCUGUUUGAAACACCAGAAGCGCUGGUUUUAUUGGAGCAAAUCCCCAUGUGAACUAUUCCCCAAUCGAACUGCUGCUAACAAUGACUGCUUUCAACUUAAUAUUGUUAUUUCAUAUGUGGUCUAGAUAUUCGCCCAAGGAUCUC